CUCAGGAACCAUGUCGGUGGGCGAGGUGCCGAAUCAAGGAAAAAGAGACUUCAUCCACUGCCUUUCGCAAGGCUGGGAAUCUCUUCAAGCCACUGCUGGUGGGUGGCUUGCUUUGCAAACCCCAGAGUCAGCAUCUAGGGCAAACAAAGGACUGCAGGCAAGAAGAGAUCGAGGCAGGGACAAUGGCAGCCCGGUGGUGAUUCUCGGGGUACCGCAGAUGCUCCCAUUGUGCCGUAGGAGAAGGAAAGGAGGAGGGGAGCCUUCUGGCUGGAACAAGCAGGUGUAGCUUCUGAAGCACAGGCAGGGCAGACAAACCAAUGCAGCAAGCCAUCCCAAUCUUGCAGCAGAAACCACUGCCCUGCGAUGAUUUAGGAACCGGGGGGGAAGCUCAGCUGCUCAGUGGAAGCCAAAAGGACCAUUUCCCACCCACUUCCCCAGUCCUCAGACUGGUGUCAGAGACGAGGGAGGAAUCUCUCAUUGGUCCUCCCUGGGGGGAUGGGGGGGAGUUAGGAAGCAGCUGGAGGAAUUUCAGAACCGUUAAACCAAGGAUGCUCCGAGAGAGACCCGUCCCUCGUGUCGACGCAUUGCAAGGGUGGCUGUUUUGGUACUGCUGGAAUGAACAAGUUGUGAUAGGAACACACAUUUAAAAGGAAAUAAAAGGGAAGCAACAUCCAGCCUUAACAGGGAUGCUACGCCUAUUCCUAAGAAUCGGUUUUCCUGAAUCUUGGUGAAGCUGCCCUACUCCAGGAACUGAGCAAACAAAGACCAAAUCCAGGGUUAAAAAAAUCAUGGUAGCAGCAGGAAUUAACCCUGAUGUGGAGAGACACAAACAAUGGAAGGACCAACUCCUGAACCUGCCUUUGUCGAUGUGGAUAAAGGACUAACUUUGGCGUGCUUUGUCUUCCUCUGCCUUUUCCUCAUCGUCAUGAUUAUCCGCUGUGCCAAAGUGAUCAUGGACCCUUACAGUGCCAUCCCAACCUCCACGUGGGAGGAACAGCACCUGGAUGACUGACCAAUCCAAAGGCUUGGGGGGGGGGGGGAAAGGUAGCCCCCAAGUCCUCUGCACCUUGGACCGACCAUGGACUUGGUGCAAGAAAGCACAUUAAGUGGCCACCUUAUCAGGGUGAAAGCACUAAAUAGGACUCCUCUUCACACUAAGAUGCUUACAGCAACGGAGAAAUUUUGAGAGUACGUCGAUUCCAGCUCUGCCUGCAGAUCUACUUGAAUUCUUCACUUUGCCCUUCUAAUC